UGGCGAACCAUCUUGACGGAACAAGUUAAAUUGAGGGUAAACUUUGAGUUUCCGCCACUUACUGCCCGUUAAAAGGGCAGAAUAGCAGGACAGGUGCCUGACAGUCAGGGUGAACGCUGUUGUCUUUACACCGGGGUGGGUUCCCCAGUGUUUGUCUGUGCAGGUAAAGCUAGCAGUGAGUGAAUAUGAGGUUCAGCGCUGUUCUCGUGUGUGUGUUCCUGCUUUGGGUUGAGGGGUCAUUGGGGGACACACCAGCUAACUGCACCUAUGAAGACCUGCUGGGGACAUGGGUGUUCCAGGUGUCCAAAGGGGGACACGACAAGACCGUCAACUGCUCUGUUGAAGCCACAGGUGGGAGCACAGUGACUGUGACCCUGGAGAAACUGUCUGUAGCCACAGAUGAGCUGGGAACCACAGGCUUCUUCACCCUCAUCUACAACCAGGGCUUUGAGGUGGUGCUCGGUGGCUACAAAUGGUUUGCCUUUUUCAAGUACACCCAGGAAGGCUCCAAGGUGACCAGCUACUGUGACCAAACCCUGCCAGGAUGGGUCCACGAUGUGCUGGGGCGCAACUGGGCCUGUUUUGUGGGCAAGAGGGUGAAGCCUGUGCCACCCAGAGCAGAUUCUAAGCCGGUCUUCAGCAGCGGACUGCUCCCGAAGCCGUAUAAAAACAACUGGGACUUCAUUGAUUUAAUCAACACCGUUCAGAGCUCCUGGAAGGCUGUGGCGUAUCCUGAGCAUGAGAUGUACACUUUGCAAGAACUGCAUUACAGAGCAGGUGGCCCUGCCUCUCGUAUCCCUGUACGUGUUCGGCCUGCUCCUGUGGAAGCUGGUUUAGCCAAGAUGGCGGCAGCCCUCCCCGAACAUUGGGACUGGAGAAACGUUGAUGGCGUCAGCUUUGUUAGCCCUGUGAGAAAUCAAGCAUCCUGCGGCAGCUGCUACUCCUUUGCCACCAUGGGAAUGCUGGAAGCUCGAGUUCGGAUCCUCACCAACAACAGCGAUAGCCCUGUCCUCAGUCCUCAACAAGUGGUCUCCUGCUCUGAAUACUCUCAAGGUUGCGAUGGGGGCUUCCCUUACCUGAUUGGGAAAUACGUACAGGAUUUUGGCAUUGUGGAUGAGUCUUGCUUUCCGUACACUGCAAAGGACACGCCAUGUGGCGUGCCUGCAAACUGUGGCAAAAUGUACACCGCAGAGUAUGGCUAUGUAGGCGGAUUCUACGGUGGCUGCAGUGAGACGGCCAUGAUGUUGGAACUGGUCAACAACGGACCGAUGGCUGUUGCUUUGGAGGUGUACCCUGACUUCAUGGCCUAUAAAGGAGGCAUCUACCACCACACAGGCCUUGCAGACUCCAUCAAUCCCUUCGAGCUGACCAACCACGCAGUGCUGCUGGUGGGCUAUGGCCGCUGCCAUAAGACCGGACAGAAGUACUGGAUUGUCAAGAACAGCUGGGGUGCCCAAUGGGGCGAGGAAGGCUACUUCCGAAUUCGCCGGGGAAGCGACGAGUGUGCUAUUGAGAGCAUCGCAGUCGCAGCCAAACCCAUCCCCAAAAUAUAGAUGCUUUUAAGUCAAAAUCAGAACAAAUGAGUGUCUUGAUUACAUUUCUGAAUCCUUUAAAUUGAAUGAAUUUCGUUUCAAUCUUGGUUUAAAAAUAUGGAACUGCAAUUGAUCACAUGGAACGCUGCGGUCCGGCUUCCUCUCGUUGUACUAAAAAGGUUGACCCAGCACAUGCAUAAAGGCAUAAAAACUUACUGAUUGAAUUUUUAAUGGAAACAUUUCUUUGCUACUUCCUUUUAGUGUUUUAAAUAUACUGAAAAGGGUUGGAUUGUUCACCAGUUUUCAAAAUCUGAAAUGUUUACAGAAGUCUAAAAUGAUAAGAUUGGUACCUAUGAAUAAGGUAAGCUGAUGUUGAAACACUCCUGUAUAAAAAGAUGAAAAAUACAACCACUGUAUUUGAUAACUAAUUUGUAUCAUUUUUAAAAGUUUCUCCACACACUUACUUUAUAUCUUUAUUCUAAAUUUUAAUGACAUAGAUACAGCUGAUUUGCAACUUGAUGUUGAAUGUGUUUUUUUGUUUUGUUUUGUUUUUUAUCCAGUGUUCCUUCUUUUCUCCAAUUAUGUUUGCUGAUUUUUAUGCUCUUAGUAAUUAGCCACCUCCUAAAUCCAUGCUGUUACUGCCAACACAAACCAGAAUGGAUUGAUCGUGCUGUAACGGGUUGUAAAUUCUACAUUGAACAUUUAAAAGGGAAAUGAUUUAUCAGUGUGUUUUUUUUUUUUUGUCAAGUUGUCCGGUCCAGGGCUUUUUUCUCUGUCUCAGGGAAGCACUGCAGAGAAUUGAUGUCUUUAGUCCCUGCUUCCAAUUUCACAUUAUUGCUGCCAUGUUUCACGAUGGAUUGCUCCCUCUGGAGCAUUCAAAGAUAAUUUCUCUCAAUAAAGGGAUGCAUCACUUUGCAAAAAAACUAAA